AUGAAUGGAGCUGUCGAUAUAGAAAAUGUGCACCCGGCUGGGAAUGUAUUUGCGGAGCCUUGCAUCUACAGAGUUCCUGAACGACUAUGGUGUCUAAAUAACAAAGCUCACACACCUCAGGCAGUCUCUAUAGGUCCAUUUCAUCAUGGCAAGGAAGACUUGAUAGUCACAGAAGAGAACAAAGAGAAGUACCUGCAAAAUCUUGUCCUAUUUAGGAGCAAAGCGAUAGUAUGGGGGCAGGAAGCAAGACUGCGCAAUUGUUACGCAGACACCAUAGACGAGCAGUUCAGUGAUGACUUUGUCGCAAUCAUUGUGAAAGAUGCCAGAUUCAUCAUUGACGUCUUGUUGAGUUACAACGUGACAUGGGGUUGCUUGAAAAUCAACUGCCAUUUUUUAAUUCUUGAAAAGCUUUUUGACCCAGAAAGUAUCACCGGUCUCUGUCCUUCGGAUAGAGAGGGGCUUUCGGUGAUGAAACUCUCUUACAAUUUCUUUAAACCUCUAAUGCACAAAGAUGAAGGAACAGAAGGCAACUUGGAGGACAUCAUCUGUUCUUCUAAACCACAACACUUUGUUGAUCUUCUAAGAUGUUUCUAUGUAAGAGACCACUACAUGAAAGCAAAAGCUAAAGGAAAAAUGAGGACUGUACCAAGCGUAAGAGAGCUGCAACAAGGUGAAGUCAAGUUUGAGGUAUUAGAUUCGAGCAACAACUUACUUGACAUAAAAUUCCAUGCUGAUACUAAGACUCUGAAAAUUCCAAAAGUUAUUAAGUAA